CCGCCCGCCCCACGGGAAAUUCCCCCUGAAAAGGGCGGCGAACCCGGCAGCCGCGGCCGUCCGUGUGUCCCUGCGAGCUGUGCGGGCCCGGGCCGGAGCCCCGCGGCGAGAGGCCGGAGCGGAGCUGUCAGCAUGGCCGGUGGCCCUGAGCCCUACAUUGAAAUAUUUGAGCAACCCAGGCAAAGGGGCAUGCGUUUCAGAUACAAAUGUGAGGGAAGAUCAGCAGGCAGCAUUCCAGGAGAACACAGUACUGAGAACAACAAGACCUUCCCUUCCAUCCAGAUUCUGAACUAUUUUGGAAAAAUCAAAAUAAGAACUACAUUGGUAACGAAGAAUGAGCCCUACAAGCCACACCCCCACGAUCUGGUUGGAAAAGACUGCAGAGAUGGCUACUACGAAGCUGAGUUCGGGCCAGAACGGCGAGUCCUGUCUUUUCAGAACCUGGGCAUUCAGUGUGUGAAGAAGAAAGACUUGAAGGAAUCCAUUUCUUUACGAAUCUCAAAGAAAAUUAACCCUUUCAAUGUGCCCGAGGAGCAGCUGCACAACAUCGACGAGUACGACCUGAACGUGGUGCGGCUCUGCUUCCAGGCCUUCCUUCCCGACGAGCACGGCAACUACAGCAUAGCCCUGCCUCCUCUCAUCUCCAACCCCAUCUAUGACAACAGAGCUCCCAACACGGCAGAAUUGAGAAUUUGUCGUGUGAACAAGAACUGUGGGAGCGUCAAAGGAGGGGACGAAAUAUUUCUGCUGUGUGACAAAGUUCAGAAAGAUGACAUAGAAGUCAGGUUUGUCCUGGACAACUGGGAGGCCAAGGGUUCCUUCUCCCAGGCCGACGUUCACCGCCAGGUCGCCAUCGUGUUCCGGACGCCGCCGUUCCUCAGGGACAUCUCCGAGCCCAUCACGGUGAAGAUGCAGCUGCGGAGGCCCUCGGACCAGGAAGUCAGUGAACCCAUGGAUUUCAGAUACCUGCCAGAUGAAAAGGAUCCAUAUGGCAACAAAGCAAAAAGGCAGAGAUCAACGUUGGCUUGGCAGAAGCUCAUCCAGGACUGUGGAUCCAACACGAUGGAGAGGCCCAAGGUAGCCCCAUUCCCUGUGGUCACUGCCGAAGGGAAGGCAAUUAAGAAAGAACCGAACAUGUUUCCCUCCACGCUGAUGAUGCCCCCGGGGUUAGGAGCCCUGUCCAACACGAGCCAGCUGUACCCCAGCUGCUCGCAGCCGGUGGCGGGGCCGGGCAAGCAGGACGUGCUGUCCUCCCCGUUCUGGAUGCUCGGCUCCCACCAGCACAACAGCUUCUCCACCGAGCCCCAGGGCAGCGCCUCCCUCCCGCCCUUCCACGACGGCGCCCUGGCCUGGCCCGACGAGAAGGAUUCGAGCUUCUUCCGGACCUUCGGCAGCACGAACGGGCUGGGAGCCGUGGUGCUGCCGGGCCCCGAGCUGCAGAACCUCCCCGGCGGCGGCCCCUCCGGCGUGCUGGGCAUGGGCAUGGACACGGACGAGAUGAGCUGCGGCAGCAUCAGCCUGGAGAAGUUCAGCGCCGUGCUGGGCGCGGGCAGCCAGCGGCAGCAGCUGCAGCUGCCCCCGGCCGGGGCGGGCGGCGGCGCCGCCGCUUUCCCGGUAGCGCAGCCCGGCCUGACCGAGCCCGCCUACGGCUUCAUGGACACGGAGGUGCUGAGCGAGCCCAGACUGAGCAGCGGCCAGCAGGGCGGCCUGGCGGACGGCCAGUUCUACGACACCGACGGUGUCCACACCGAUGAGCUCUACCAGUCCUUCCCCUUCGAUAACAUUUUACAGAGCUAUCACCCGUGAGCCGGCGCUGCCUGCGUGGAGAGGAGGAAUUUACCCUUCUGGAGUCCCUGCUUUCUCUUUCAGAAUGUUGCUGUGCAAGUUUCAGGAUAUAACUUAAAGGUUAUUUAUUGCAGCCCACAGUGGUGCCCGUAAAGAGGGAGGUGGGAGUAGGGUUUGGGGUUUCUGUACCUUAAAGUAUCUUGUAGAUGUAAUUUUGCGCUGUUGGAAGUGGGAACUGUGAACACUUAAAGCUUCCUUACCUUUGGGGACUGUAAAAGCUGGCAUCUUCAGAAGGGUUAAAAUUUCAAGUACUUCACGGGGUUGAAGUUGUUUUGAAAUAGCCAUUUUUGCUAUAGAAAUCAAAUUUAAAUUUUGAUAGGACAGAAAUUAGGAAAAAAACCCUGCACGUGAGCACUCUACUUCAGUCUCGUCUAAUGAAUGACACCUGAGUUCUGCUCAACUUACUUGAAAGGUUUGGGUUUUUAACCCCCUUUCUAUAAAUAUUCUUCUCCUAAAAUGAGAACAUGUAUUGAUUUUCCACACUGUCACCACGUUCUGUUUGCUUUGAAGGCAAAUUUACUCGUAAAUUUUGUUUAAUGACUAUGUCAUUGUUAGAUAUAUUUAAAAAGACCGGAAGGUUUGAGUUUUUAAAUAGUCCAGCUCUGUUGUAAAGGAAAUCACUGCACAAGACCAGGAACAGAAAGUGAGGACUUGUCUGCACCAUUUUACAAGCCAUGCCCCUGUAGCUUUAGGAAAGAAGCUGAUACUGCUCUGCAGCUUGUGUGUGUGUGUGUGUGUGUAGCUGCCAUGUGAGUGAGAUUUGGAAAGGCAGGAAUCUCUGGAGCCAAAGUUACUUACUCUUUCCUCAGGUAUCCUGGCAGUUUCCUGCUAUGCAAGUGACUGCUUCAAAGAAGGCUCAGAUCCUGCCUCCCCAGCACCACCCCCUCCCAGGAGGGCAAAGCCAGAGGCUGCCUUGGUGCAGCCUCACCUCUAUUAACAACUUUUAAAGCCAUUUCAGUCUGUACUAAUUAAAACCACUCCUCUGUCCUCUGUAUCAGGAACCAGAACUUCUUCCCACCCACUUGAUUCCCAGUCUUCGCUCUUAGCCUGAGCAGGAGCUGUUCCUGACACCUCCAGCUGGAGGUACCUGGCUGGGUAAGACACUCUGGCCUUGGCAACUUUAUUAUACUGUUAUUUUUUUAAGAGGCAACACAGAGAAAUGUCUGAGUAUUUCUUAAGGGACACAGCUGCUCUUUAGGGCAGGUAAGGUCCCCGUUGUCACCUUUUGGUGAUGUAAAAUUGCACUAUGAGCACAACAAGAAAAAGAAAGCAACAACGUGUCCCCAACCCGCCCCCCAAAUCAAACAAGCCACUUGAGGUGUAGAGUUGUACACAAGGAAAGGUGCUCCAGAACCCCUCUGUGGCUUUCAGGGAAGCAGGGAUGCCUUCCCUGCAGGAAUCCAUUGCAUUGGGAGCACUCCGGUGCUGCUGCUGGAAUUCCAUCAGUCAGGUGAACUUUGGAAACUGCUUCCCCUGACUCCAGGUGCACAACAAACUGAAAACUGUUUUAAAGCAGUUUUUCCUCACUUCUGCACCUCUCCUCCACACUCCUAAGCAAUAGAAAGACCAAAGAAAUACACAGAAAGUUUGAAUUGUGUUGUUUAUUCAGUUCUUUUUUUUUUGAAGUUCUCAGUUUUAAGUAUAUUAAAUGUAAACAUUUUGCUCACUUCAUAGAAAGCUCUUUGUAGUACAAUUUGUUUUUACUGUAUAAUUAAAUAUUUUCAAAGUUCUGUUUUCCUUUGUAAA